UAAUAACUUACUUUAAACAAAUUGCAAAGUCUAAUCCAAUCAUUAGAUUUACGCCCCAAAGACAAUCCCCAGAACUAAAUGACUCUCCUUGACUCUCUCAGAAGAAACGUCUCUAUCUCUGUCUCUGUCUCUGUCACUCUCGGCCGUGGCCGUUUCUUUCUUCUCCCCGUUCCCUCCCAAGCCUCCAUUCUUUCUCUAAAUCUCUCUCGUAUGUCCCUUGUUCCACUUCACUGAUCCUUCUCCUUCAUGCUCAUGGCGAUUGUUACCGGAGAUCGAUACCUUGAGAAGCUUGUUAAUUUUGUCGAACACCAUGCAGGCUCUUUGAUUGAUGGCUCCUUAGUUCUUAAAGUUAAUCCUGCUGGUCUUCACUACGUACAAUCCAGGCUUGACGCUCUUCACGAGCUCGAGAGUCUUCUUUCUGGUGCGCCUGUCGACUAUCUUCGUGCUUACAUUUCUGACCUUGGUGACCACCGUGCACUUGAGCAGCUCCGUCGUAUUCUUAGGUUUCUUCCUUCUCUUAAGGUUGUUUCUGUUUUGCCACCGCCUAUUCGUGAUCCUACUCCGCUUUGUUUAUUGCGGUUUGAGAGAUUGAAGGUUUUGGAGCUUAGAGGUUGUGAUUUGUCCACCUCGGCGGCUAGAGGUUUGCUUGAGUUGAGGCAUACUUUGGAGAAGAUCAUUUGUCACAAUUCGACUGAUGCUCUACGGCAUGUGUUUGCGAGUAGGAUUGCCGAGAUAAAGAAGUCUCCGCAAUGGAACCGGUUGUCAUUUGUAUCAUGCGCAUUGAAUCGCUUGGUUCUGAUGGAUGAGUCUUUGCAACUUCUUCCUGCUGUUGAAACUCUUGACUUGAGUAGAAAUAAGUUUGAAAAGGUGGAUAAUCUAUGGAAGUGCACGAAAUUGAAGCACCUGGACCUUGGGUUCAAUCAUUUGAGAACGGUUGCACCCUGUAUUGAGUGUUGUUGGAUUAUGCAGGUCUCAUGUCAUAUUGUUAAACUUGUCUUGAGGAACAAUGCUCUAACUACAUUACGUGGGCUUGAAAAGUUGAAGUCACUUGAAGGGCUUGAUGUCUCCUACAAUAUUAUUUCCAAAUUUUCAGAACUGGAGUGCCUUGCAAGCCUCACAUCCCUACAGAAUUUGUGGUUAGAAGGAAAUCCAUUGUGUUGUGCUAGAUGGUAUCGAGCACAAGUAUUCAGCUAUUUUUCUCAUUUAGAUACCUUGAAGUUGGAUGACAGAGAAAUCAGCAGAAGGGAGAUUUGGAAGAGGCAAAUUAUCAUUGCCAGCAGGCAGAAGCGACCUUCCAGCUAUGGAUUUUAUUGUCCUGCAAAAGAUGAUGCUCAAGACGAGGGUUGUACCAUCAGAAAAAAGAGAAAAGUAUCUCGACUUGCUGCAAUUGAAAGAGGAGAAGAGAAUACAUACUUUUCUUCUGACCAGGAGUCGCCAUCAUGUAAUAAUGAUCUUCAAAGCAAAGAGGAGAAUGGCAUAUCUGAUAAUGAAGCUGAUAUAGUUGAUUUGAUUAACAGAGUUGAACUCAUGAAGAGAAAGGAUUCUAUUCUUUGGUUGCGGGAUGUUAAAGAGUGGAUGGAUCAUGAAUCUGAGAAUUCUGUUGAUGGGGGUAUGCAUAGCAGAGCCACAUUGCAUCAUGUGAAGGAAAAUCAUCUGAAAAGGACAAACGACAAGCAUGAUUGUGAAGGUUCAAGAAAUGCCCGUAAUUCUCUUUAUGCCUCAGGGGAUGAAACUAGUACAGAUGGCUUGGAAUCUGAUGCUUCCUUUGGUGGUAUGUCUUUACCUGACAUGGGGAGAACAAGACAGAAGUAUAAAAAAUCUCAUUCCCAUGAAAGUUUAACCAUACCAGGAGACCAUGGAGUUGUUGAAACUGGCAGCCUAUCAUCAUCGACUGUCAUAGAUGAUAGAAUAGAGUCUCAUUUCUCCUCUGUUUACCCUGGGUCCCCUCCCCAUUAUCAGGCGGACAUUCUGCAUCAUCGCCACAACUUGAUGGAAGAAAUUUUGCAGCUAUCUACAGAUUCCUAUUCAGUGGUUUCUUCUGAUAGUGAUACCAGCUCUAGUGAAGAUGAUAUAUAUGAAUAUGAGCAUUUAGCACAUGAAGAUCGGUUAAAAAAUGAAGAAUACUUGCAUUCGAAUAUCGGAGUGCUGCGGGAUAAUCAAAGGUAUUUGCUUGAUUCACAUGAUUUACAAACAUCGAUUAGAACUGAAAGUUCUUCUACUGGUGGUGAAAUUGCUCAAUUUGCUGAUGAAGAGGUGGAUUAUUUGGAGAAGACAAAAAGCAAAAGGGGACCAAGAAGAAGAGUUAUUUCACUUUCACUAGCAGGGAAUUGGGUUAACAAGACAGGGACAUCAGGAACACCAAGGGUUGAGAUGGAUACUAGUGUAGCUAAUGAAGGAGAUGAGCAAGGCAAACAAAUUGCUGAUAAGGAAAAGUUUCAGAAAAGUGCGGUUAAAACUCCAGCAGUUACAAAUAUUGGUAGAUUUUCUGAUGAUUUUGUUGAGAAGUAUUUUAAUGCAAAUGUUGCAGAUUCCAGAAUUAAUGAGACCUGUAGGCAUUAUCUGCAUUGCAAUUGUGUAAUUGAGCCGGAAUCCUUGUACAAAGAAAGAGAAGUAGCUUUGUUGCUGAGCAGUGCAAACAAGUUGUAUGUGCUACUCAUUGGUGUAGCAUUUGAUGGUUCAGGAAAUAUUUUGAGUUUACUGGGUUGGCACAGGGUUGAAGAUGUGAAAGAAAUUUUGGUUGGUUUAGGACUUCAGGUUGUGAGGGUAUGCAUUGAGAGGGGAGCAACCUACCUUUUUCUAACAAGGAGCAUUGAGAAAUCACAACAAUUACUUUACACGCUACAAGCUUUUGGUCCAUGCGCAGCGAAUGACAAAUGCAUAUUAAGAAGUUUGGAGCAGGUUCAGGUUGAGUUGUUUCGGAAACAAAUUUGUGGAGGUUCAAAAAUGAGCAUAUUCCAAUAUGCUAUGGUGCUUUCUAGGGACAAAGAUAAAGAGGAAUCAUGGCUUCCAAGAUCACUUUUCAUAAGUGGAGCACAUGUUUUUCUGUGUGGUGAAGAACUUAAGCAGUUCAAAUAUCCUUUAGCAGAUGCAUCUACCUCCCCAUAUUUCUCCCUUGAUUGGUGUUGCUGCAUCACUGAUGUAUCUAAGCUGGUCAUUGAGAGCCGGGAGAGUCUGAUAUUGACCUUAAUUCUUGAGCAUGCUACAAGAAAAUUGUGUUCCUCAUCAAAGGCUCACAAGGACAUUGCAACCAUUGAUAAGGAAAAUACAGGCAGCUCUUUGACAUCGAAGCUCAAGUGGUUCUCUGAAGAGAGUCUGUUCAAUUUUCUGGCAUUGUUGAGUGCAAUUCAUUCAGGUGUAACUACUUCUGCUCUGCUCGUAACAUGUGUAUAGUUGUAGGGACUGGUCAUUUGUAUAUUACUCGUUUCAUAUUUGUUCAUUCUUUCGGUGUAGCUUUUCUUCUUUUUUAUUUUUUUCUUUCUUGAUUUAAUUAAUUUUUAGUUUCAUGUAUUUUAGUAUGGCAAUUCAAUAGCUUUCCUUGCUUAUGAUUCUUUUAUUUGUGUAUUCUUUCUUUUAUGAUGUACAAAUUGUACAGUAACGUAAAGAAAAAUUAAGGUUAGCUGGUGAUAUUUUGUUUU